AUGGGCGAGUAUAAGCUGUUCUGCAUGGGAAAUCCUCUUUUGGAUAUACAAGUUAAUGGUGAUGAGUCUUUGCUGCAAAAGUUUGAAGAGUUAGUCACCGAUUAUAAUCCCGUAUAUGUUGCCGGCGGCGCAGCACAGAACGCAGCCCGUGGAGCACAGUACUUAUUGCCACCACGGUCAACAGUCUAUGUUGGAUGUGUAGGUAACGACCAGUUUGCUGUCAAACUGCGUCAAGCCGCUGAAAAAGACGGAUUGAAGGUUGAAUACAUGGUUGUUAAUGAUGUUCCGACGGGAACCUGUGCAGCCAUUAUCACUGGACAUAACAGGUCACUUGUGGCCAACCUUUCUGCGGCAGAGAAGUACCACGUGUCUGAUAUCAAGACUCGAGAGAAAUGGUCCUGGGUUGAGAACGCAGACUACUUUUAUAUUGGAGGUUUCUUCCUGACGGUUUCUGUAGAAUCUAUCUUGGAAGUUGCGAAACAUGCUGCAGAACGUAAUAAGCCAUUCGCCUUAAAUCUGUCGGCUGCGUUCUUAUGUCAGUUCUUCAAAGAUCAGUUGGAUUCUGUGCUACCGUACUGUGACAUUCUAUUUGGAAAUGAAACUGAAGCCGAGGCAUAUGCAACAAACCAUAAUUGGGAUAUCAGCAAGCUUCCAAAAGUCAAUUCCAAACGUGAACGCAUAGUCAUCAUCACACAGGGAGAGAACCCCACGUUUGUGGCCUAUUCAAAUGGUACCGUAAACGAAUACCCAAUCACUCUAAUCGAUAAAAAAGACAUUGUCGAUACAAAUGGUGCUGGUGAUGCGUUCGUUGGUGGAUUUUUGAGUCAAUACGUGCAGGGCAAGACUAUUGAUGAAUCAAUUGCUGCUGGACAUUGGUUGGCACGUAAAAGCAUCCAAUUAGUCGGGCCUGCUUAUCCUGCAGAGAAAUUAACUUAUCCGCCACAAUGA